AUGAACAAACGGGAUCGACCCGAGCGGGUUUUGCCGCCGGAUUUGUACUACAAUGAGGAAGAAGCGGCUAAAUAUACGAUGAAUUCACACAUCGUUUCGAUACAAACGGAUAUGUCGGAACGAGCCGUGGAGCUUCUCGUGUUGCCCGAGGACAAAACGUGCAUGUUACUUGACAUUGGAUGCGGAUCGGGUAUUAGCGGUUCUGUGAUUUCUUCGUCGGGACAUCAAUGGAUUGGUCUAGAUAUAAGCAGACCUAUGUUAAUGUUGUGCAAAGAUGACGAGGAUUUUGAGGGAGAUUUGAUUCACAAAGACAUGGGCACGGGAUUGCCGUUUCGCCCAGGAGUUUUCGAUGGCUGCAUCAGUAUUUCGGCUAUACAAUGGUUAUGCCAUGCAAAUACGUCGAGUGAGAUUCCGAGUCGACGACUUCAUCGCUUCUUCCAAUCGCUAUAUUCUUGCCUGAGUCGUGGCGCUCGAGCCGUCUUUCAAUUUUACCCUGAAGAUGAUCGACAAACGGAAAUGAUUAUGUCUAUGGCUCAAAAAGCUGGCUUUGAUGGUGGUUUAGUCGUUGAUUAUCCACAUAGUGCUAAAGCUAAAAAGAUCUACCUUGUGUUGAUGACUGGUGGAAUGCAGAAAUUACCAAGUGCCCUAACAGGAGAAGAGGUUGACGAGAAAAGACAAGCUGAAUGUACGCAAAGACGAAAUUUUGUCGUUGAUCGAAAGCAGAACAAGCGAGCGGCUAAAGGAUCAAAAGCAUGGAUUACGCAAAAAGUGGAAGCGGCGAAAAAACGGGGAAGGGAUUUCACUGAAUCAAAAUACAGCGGCCGAAAAAGAAAAGCUCGCUUC